AUGGCAACCAUCGGAGAUCAUGAUAUAUUUUUUGAAUCUCUGAUGACCCUAGCAGAUGAUGUACUCCCCUAUUUAUCAUUUUCCGCUAUUUGUUCUACUAUAGGAUUAUUUUUAUGCGGACUUCAAAUCUGCCAAAGGAUUCAUGAACGUGGCAAUACUGAAGGCACAGGCUCUGGCCCAUUCCUAAUUACAUUUCUAUCAUGUGCAUUUUGGCUGCAGUACGGUGCAUUGAAACGGGAUAACGUGGUUAUUUUCGUGAACGUAGCUGGAUUUUUCCUGGAGGCCUGCUAUCUGGCGUACUAUUAUCGGAAGACACGGCAGCCUCGAUUGUUACGAAAAGUCAUCGCCGCCGAGCUUGCUGCCAUCGCCGCAAUGCUUUAUGUGGUCAACUAUGGUGGAUUGAGAGAUAACGGCCGAGAAUGGCUUGGCAUGAUCUGUGUUGUUAUGAACAUCGCCAGUAUUGGAUCACCACUUUUUCAAAUUGGACAGGUUAUACGAACGAAAAACUCUGAGUCCAUGCCUCUUCCGCUAUGUUUGGCAUGUUUUGCUGUAAGCUUACAAUGGUUAUGCUAUGGAAUACUGGUCAAAGACUUCUACAUACAGGUACCGAACUACGUAGCAACAUUAUUAUCAACAAUUCAACUGUCCCUAUUUGUUAUUUAUCCACGACGGCCGACAUUUGUGCAAUUACAAGCUGAUAAUCAUUCAGUUUAAUAUGUUUGUAUAUAUGGCACAGUUUUUGAUACUCACAACCCGUUUUGCGCUGAUGAUUCACCGAAAGAUACCUCUUAUAGAUUGUUAAAAUUCUAGUAAUUUCAUUGUUAUUGUUGUAAAGAGAUCAUCUUCUAUAUUUCUUGUCAUCUUUUGGGAGCUGGGUUGGUCCAACGAUUGUGUUUGUUGUGGCUGCUGCUUGACUUUGGUGUUGUGGCUUUGAGCGAAUGUUCAAGAAUCGGCUUUGAAAC